AUGCGGCAGAUGUUCGGCGUGAUGGCAAGGAGGAAGAGCUCAAGAGUCGCGGACGAGGCCAUGCUGGGCGGCGGGAACCGAGCCGACCUGCCAAUCUUUGUGCGGGAUGCUGAUGGGCGGGCAGAGCGUGGCUGGAGCGGGCUCCCGGUGUUGUUCCACGGUGUCUUUCGCGCCAUGGUUUCGGUCGUCUCUUGCUUCUCUCCUCCCCAUGUGAAUGGGACUGAUGGGAUGUGGGUGUCUGGCCAUGAAUUUGGUCACCAAGCAUCAGAGAUGAAUCAUCUCAUAGUGAGUGACAGCAUGCGGUAUGCAAUCUUGAUGUAG